AUGGGCGUCACGUCGGGCAGUGAAGGUGGCAAAAAGAAGUCCCUGAAAGAGACCAAGAAGCAGGUCAAGGACAUGGAUGAGAAAGAUGAGGCUUUCAAGAAGAAACAGAAAAAGGAGCAGAAGAAACUUGAGGAUAUAAAAUCCAAGGCCGUGGGGAAGGGUCCCCUGGCCUUAGGUGAAAUUAAGAAAUCUGGCCCAAAGUAA